GUUGUAUUUUGAUAAAAAAGAAAAAAAAUGAUUAUUGUUUGUGCUUGACCACAUCAUUGAACGAGAUCUCCUUCCUCGUUCCAAACGCUACUGUUCUCCCUCGCUGCCUCUGCGUCUCUGAUUCGGUGACUGCAAACCCUAUGAACUGUACAAUGAGGAUCGACUAUCGCAGGUAGUGUGACUUUUGUUGAAUUGUUGAGGGCCUGCCUGCAAGUUUGCUGCUGAUUAUUGGUUGUGUGAUGGUAUGGUUCAUUACCCAAUUCGUUACCGUGAAUAUCAAUGAAAAAAGUGCGCAUUUUGAUGCGGGUGAUCGCGUGUUAAGAGAGUUCAAGUGUUUGCAGUACGAUAUGGUUGGGCUCUAUAAUUUUGAGCUGGCCUGCUCAUCAAGCUACUGUUUUUAGAGGAAGUGGGGGUUGUGAUUGAUUUAGAUGCCUGAGCAUGAGGAUCGCGUUCGCAAUUUCAUUAAUUCAGCAUGGAGAUGUUGCUCUCUUUUAGGUGGUUGGAUUUCCAGCCAAUUUAAAGACAUUGAACAAAACUGGUUGGCUCACCCUGGUAAUUUUCUUUCUAAAUUGGUUGAAGAAAAGGAAAGUCACCAUUCAGACUCUAUGCCUGAGAUGGAUUUUAUAGAUAUCAGUUCCUCUGAUGAUGAUUUGGAGAGUUGGGAAACAGAUGGUUGGGGAUCUACUUCUUCUAGGGUUCUUCCUGAAUGGGCUUCUACACGCGGAACAAAUUCAAGUGCUGCAGGUCACAGUGUACAGCCUCGAAAGGUUAAUUCUCCUAAAAGAGCAUAUGCUUCAAAUGGCAACUCUUCAAAUAUUAAUAAUCAUUCACGGGAAAAACUCCGUUUUCAUCCUGGUUCUAGCGACAAUAUUAGGGCCCCAAAUCAUCAGAGUGCCCAGGUGGAUGAUUCGGAGUACUUUACAAAUAAUGGAAAUGCAAGUCAGACUUGGACUGUUAAUUCCCGAAUUGCUAAUCUUUCUGGUGCUGACUAUGAGAAAAUUUCAUCUCAACAGGCUCUGAAGAGGACCCUUCCGCCAUCUCUACAGCCAUUUGUGCCAAGUACUAGAUUAAACCAUAUAGCAGAGAACAUGGGAAAUAGCACGGUUCGUAAUACUUAUGACAAUUCUCACCAUUCAGCAGGGCCUAGUGUAAUCAAAAGCAAGGGCAAUCUGCAAGACCAUUUUAGCAGGGGAAAGAAUGAUGAAGUUAUUUCGAAUGAAAACAGUGGAACUAGGAUCCUACCUCCAUCUUUGAUGCAUGGAAAGGCCAUUUCCUCCAACCAGUUUGUUAAUUCAAUCAAUCCCUCAUUCCGUCCCAUGGUAGGUGAAGAAAGGCAAACUGAAAAUGAUGAGAGACUGAUUUAUCAAGCAGCAUUGGAGGAUCUUAAUCAACCAAAAGUUGAAGCUACUUUACCAGAUAAUCUUUUGUCUGUUCCUCUUCUCAGACAUCAGAAAAUUGCCUUGGCUUGGAUGCUGCAAAAGGAGACUAGAAGUUUGCAUUGUUUGGGUGGAAUUUUAGCCGAUGAUCAAGGCCUUGGUAAGACCAUUUCUAUGAUUGCCCUCAUACAAAUGCAGAGGUCUUUGCAGUCAAAACCAACAUCAGAAGAUCUAUGCAAUCGCAAAACUGAAGCAUUGAAUCUUGAUGAUGAUGAUGAUGAUAAUGUCAGUGGUGUUGUGGAUGAAGUCAAGAAGUCUGAAGAAACUGAUGGUUUAAAACCUAUUCCAGAAGUGAGUACCUCCAUGCGGGCAUUUAGUAGGCAGAGGCCAGCAGCUGGUACAUUAGUAGUGUGCCCAGCAAGUGUUCUUCGACAAUGGGCUAGGGAGCUGGACGACAAAGUUGCAGAUGAGGCUAAACUUUCUGUCUUGGUUUAUCAUGGAGGCAGUAGGACAAAGGAUCCUGUUGAACUGGCUAAACAUGAUGUUGUUCUCACUACAUAUGCUAUUGUAACUAAUGAAGUUCCAAAGCAACCUUUAGUUGACGAGGAUGAUGCUGAUGAGAAAAAUGGUGAAGUGUAUGGGUUAUCAGCCGAAUUUUCCACUAAUAAAAAGAGGAAAAAGACAUCUUAUGUAAGCAAGCGGGGAAAAAAGGGUAGAAAAGGAAUAGAUAACUCUUCUAUUGAUUGUGGUUGUGGUCCACUGGCAAGAGUGGGUUGGUUUAGGGUGAUACUAGAUGAAGCUCAAACAAUUAAAAACCACCGAACUCAAGUGGCUAGAGCUUGCUGUAGCCUUCGAGCCAAAAGAAGGUGGUGCUUAUCUGGAACACCUAUUCAAAAUGCGAUUGACGACUUAUACAGUUAUUUCAGGUUCCUAAAAUAUGACCCGUAUGCUGUGUACAAAUCAUUUUACAAUACAAUAAAGGUACCAAUAUCUAGAAAUUCGCUACAUGGGUACAAGAAGCUUCAAGCAGUUUUGAGAGCUAUAAUGCUGCGUCGUACAAAAGGGACGUUGAUUGAUGGGGAGCCCAUAAUUAAGUUACCAGAAAAAAAAAUUAACUUGACUAAGGUGAACUUCUCAAUUGAGGAACGAGCCUUCUAUACCAAGCUAGAAGCCGAUUCACGUACUCAAUUCAAGGCAUAUGCUGCUGCUGGCACUGUGAAUCAGAAUUAUGCAAAUAUCCUUUUGAUGCUUUUGCGCCUCCGCCAGGCCUGUGACCAUCCGUGUCUUGUUAAAGAUUAUAAUUCUGACUCAGUUGGAAAAGAUUCUCUUAAAAUGGCGAAGAAAUUACCCAGGGACAUGCUGAUCAAUCUAUUGAAUUGCUUAGAAACUUCCUUUGCCAUCUGCCGUGUAUGCGAUGAUCCGCCUGAGGACCCUGUUGUUACCGUGUGUGGUCAUGUUUUCUGCUAUCAGUGUGUAUCAGAAUAUUUGACUGGUGAUGAUAAUACGUGCCCUGCACCUGGAUGUAAAGAACAACUUGGUUCAGACAUUGUUUUCUCCAAAGCUUCUUUGAGUAGUUGUCUUUAUGAUGAUGUUGAUAGUCCCACGAUUUCUCGGUCCACUGAGAGACUAGUUCUGCAGAAUGAGUAUGGUUCGUCUAAAAUCAGAGCUGUUCUUGAGAUUCUGCAGACACAUUGUAAAAGGCCUAAAUCCAUGGAAUGCAAUGGAAGCCCUUUGUCUCAAGAAAUGACAUACAUAGAGAAUGGCCAUUCAGGUGUUGGUGCUAUAAAGCACACUACAGUUUUUUCAAAACCACCAGCUGAGGGACCAAUAAAAGCAAUUAUUUUUUCCCAGUGGACUAGCAUGUUGGACUUGGUGGAGAUUUCAUUGAAUGAUUCUUGUAUAGAGUACAGGAGGCUUGAUGGCACAAUGACUCUGGGUGCUAGGGACAGGGCUGUUAGAGAUUUCAACACUGACUCAGAGGUCACCGUUAUGCUGAUGUCGUUAAAAGCAGGAAACCUUGGGUUAAACAUGGUUGCUGCAUGUCAUGUUAUUCUCUUGGAUCUUUGGUGGAAUCCAACUACUGAAGAUCAGGCUGUUGAUCGAGCACAUAGGAUUGGACAGACUCGUCCUGUUACUGUAACACGGAUUACAAUCAAGGACACUGUGGAAGAUAGGAUAUUAUCCCUUCAGGAAGAGAAGAGAAAAAUGGUCGCAUCUGCUUUUGGUGAAGACCAAAGUGGGGGUUCUGCAACUCGCCUAACAGUAGAAGAUCUUAAAUAUCUCUUUAUGGUCUAAACUCCAUGUUCCCAUUUCCUCCGAAUUCUUCAGAUUUUAGUAAUUAUGCUCUCUUGAUAUUUGCCUAAAAGGGAAAAUGAGGAGGUUCGAAGAGUCGAAUUUGAAUCUUGAUCAGUAUAGGUGGCAGCGAGAUCUUAUGUGGCUGCACUUAUAAGGGCCUUCUCAUCCUGUGGCCCAUCAGCCUAAUGAGUUGGUGAUCUUGAUGGUAACUUACACGAGUUUUGAUUCCCAGAAAGGGCAUUUUUGUUCUCAUAGAUGGUAAAAUGGCGAGAAGCCACCUGUAGAUAUUCUAACUAAUUUAUUUGCACUCGGAGGAUCUAGGUUUUGUAGUUGACAUUUUCCAUUUAUUAAAAUGUUAGUUGUGUAUAAUUUUGUUGCCCUUGUAAUGUAUUUGACGAAAUCAUAGGAGGUGCUCAGAUGAUUACUCUCACUCACAAAUUUCUAUGAUUUCUCAAGUGGCUAGAAAACUUAAGGGUGUUCCAAUCUGGCUGCUGUUUGUUCAAUUCCUGGUAGAAAAUGUAAAGUUCUCCGGUAUAAACGUUGAUGGAUACAACUUCAUUGAAUCAUCACUUUGCAAUGAAAGGCUGGAUUGAAGGAGCACAAAAGAUGGAAGAGAAAUUAAAGACGACUGGUGGUCUCCACUCUCCACUAGGUGAAGGGAAAAAAAAAGUUUGAUAGGAAAGGAAGCACUUUACAGAUGGGUAAUCUCGUGAUUGUGUUCAUGGUAGCAUUUGUCAAGUAUCUAUCCGUUAAGAGUGAUCAGAAAGUCGAGAAAAUUAUUGCAUACGUGGAACUUGUCGUCGAGUUUAAAGCCUCUCACCCUAUUGGAAUGGAAGUUACCUUUCUAAGAUCCGGUAGAAUGAGCUCAAAGGGCAGGAAGCAGUCGAGAAAUAGUUGAGGUGAUGAAGGAUGCUCUAUUGUGAAGGGUACUGGUUUAAGGCUCAGGUCCAGUCUGAAACCGGAAAGCCUCUAAAGUUCUCACGAGACCCAAGGAGAGGGUUGAUAAGGUAGAAAAGUCCUCCGAGAUACAAUCUGACCCCCCAAUCUGAAAAGGGGGAAAAGUAAUAUAUGUUAAUAUCAAGCUUUCAAAAUUGGGAAAAGCAAGUGCCUUUGUAAAAGUCAUUUGCUUGCAUGCACUUUAACAAGGGUCACGCCAGAGGUCGACCAAAGCUCCUAGUCACAUGUCUACAUUGGUGGGGGCUCCCUUGUCUCAUUAUUCAAACACUACAGCAGCCUCUCUGAGAGAGAGAGAGAGAGAGAGAGAGAGAGUCUUGUCCACCCACCAUCAGUAGAGAAUAGAGACUGCUUAUAUUGAAUGAAAGGGAUGCACUGGAGACACGCUGUUAUGGCACAUAAAAGGGUUUAAUGACUCUUGAUUUUGCGAUUUGUUUGGACCGUCUUCAGAUCUUUUUUGUUUUUCUCUCAAGAUUUCUCUUGCAUGGGCUCUUCUAAAGAACAUUAUAACUUGGAGA